AUGGUCUGCACACCAGAUUUAGAUACAAACGGCGGUAUGCACGGAUCUUUGUUGGAUUCACAUCGUCGCUCUUCGCUGAGCAGUCAAGAUGCAGAUGUCGUUGCACAAUCAGAACACUUAAUUUCCGAAGAUACGUGCAGAGACACGUUUAAAACUCCCAAACGGUCGUAUUCACCGUUGGACAACAAUUCAAAAACUUCACCUAUACAUACGCCAGAUACAACAAACUAUCCAGAUUAUCGAAAAGCUUCUCCAGUCCAUCUGGACAACGUGAUUGAAGAAGAUGAUGACGAGAAACAACCGAAAACACCAGUCACACAUUCAGCCGAUUUUUUUCGUUGGACACAUGGGCACCGACGCGUUAUGUUAACAUUUGGAACAAUAUGUCUCUUUGCUUUUAUGACAGGCGUCGAAUACGCAGUUAUUUUACCUACAGCGUUCGAUUAUGUUAAAAAAAUGACGCCAAUUUCAGUUUAUGUAGGUUUAAUACUGUCAUUUUAUAGCGUAUCUGGCGCAGUAACAGGUGUUAUCAUGGGAAAAAUCUCCGAUGUAACUGGCAAAGUGAAAGUCCUUAUCCUUGUCUCGAAUUUAUUUGAAAUUGGCGGAAAUAUUCUGUAUUUUGUGACGAAUAAUAUCCAUAUUGUCCUUUUGGGACGAUUGAUUUCUGGUGUUGGCAUGGGAGCCGUGCCACCAAUUCUUGCUGACGUAGCUCAUCGAACAACUGAAAAAGAUCGAACAAAAGCCAUUGCAAUAAUUCUUGGGUGUCGACAACUGGGUCUAUUAGUCGGUCCAUGUUUUACAUUACUCGUUCGUAAAAUGGACUUUUACAUUGGUACUGUUCAUAUCAAUCCAUUAAAUGGUCCUGGCUUUCUAAUGGCUUCUAUUUGGUUAAUACUCCAUAUUGUUUGUUGGUUUUGUUUCUAUGAUCGAACGCCAUCAACAACAACCGGACCGUCGACAUCCGAUAAUUCUCCAAAACAUAAAUACACUCGAUCAGAUCAUCCAUCUCGACAAGAUCAACAGAAACUAUCAUCCGAAGCAUAUUACCGUCAAUACGUGCGGAUCGAAAUGUUCGUCCUAUUCUUUGCCACAUUCAUUGCCUAUUUCAAUCAAACAGCAUUAGAAACAAUAGUAGCAGCGUUUACCGAACAAAAUUUUGGUUGGAAUAUAGUCCAUACAUCUAGUUUAUUUGCUUUCGCUGGCUUAGAAAUUAUUACUGUUUAUGUUUUACUUGUUUUUGUCCUGUCGAAACGUUUUGAAGAUCGCUUUUUACUUGUAUUCGGUUUCAUAUCACUAACCGCUGCUUGCGUCUUGGGAGUAUUUUUUACCUGGGCUUCACAAUCAUUCGGUUGGUCAGGCAAAUCGAGUCAAGGAGUAGUCGAUAAACGUCUAUUUGCAAUGUUCAUCGUUUUCGUUAUACUUGAUCUUCUUGGUUUACCAUUCUUAGCAGCAACUAGUGUAUCAAUAUUUACGAAAUUGACCAUCAAAGAACUACAAGGUUUUUCACAAGGCAUUCAACGACUAGUCAUGGGCAUCGGAACCAUAAUUGGUCCAAUAUUUGCAGCAGCACUUCUCACACGUCUUCAUAUUAUGAUGACAACUAUGCUUACGUUGACAUUCUUUACUUUGAUCGCAUUAUUCUUCGUUCUAAAACGUUUACGUCCAAUGUCUGACCCGAACAAUUCAUCAGAUCGAAAAGAUCCGACUAGUCCAUCGCUGAACAAAAGCUCAUCGAUUGCAGAUGACAAUGAGAAUACAGCAUUACCAUUAUCAUCGAAAAAUUGUUAUAUCACUCUUGUUCAACAGGAUGAUGAACAAAAGCCAUGCUUAUCUAAGAAAAAUUCCAAAUGUAAUUCAUCGUCGAAUCUCGAUUCUCAACUUCGUUACGAUACCAGCUCAACAAAUGUUCUUUGCGUCUCGGACGACCAAAAUCGGACUGUUGAAAACGGCUUGUCAAAAUCAUCUUCACAAACUUUAUGA